GCUGGUCUCGGACUCCGGGCAUCAAGCGAUCCUCUUGCCUCAGCCUCUCAAAGUGUUGGGAUAACAGGCGUGAGCCAUUGUGCCUGGGCGGGUGUUUUUUCUCAUUGAGCGCUCCCCAUCCAAGUCUGCCCUAGGUAGGAGUGCCUCGUGCACGGGUACAUACAUACCCCGUGCGUCUCCACACCUGUGCGCUCCUACACAUGGCUCGCAAUGCAGGUGUGAGGGUCCCGUUACAGGUGUGCCCGCAGCGCGGCCCCGCCCCCUUCUUGGCUCCGCCCUCUUAUCGAGGCUCAGGUGCACAAGCCGGAAGUGCGCUCUCCUCCCAGGUGCCCCGCCGCAGGUGCCCCUGGCCGGAGAUGCGGUAGGAGGGGCGCGCGCGAGAAGCCCCUUCCUCGGCGCUGCCAACUCGCCACCCAGCCCAUGGCGAACCCCGGGCUGGGGCUGCUCCUGGUGCUGGGCCUGCCGUUCGUGCUGGCCCGCUGGGGCCGAGUCUGGGGGCAACCCUCCACAGGAUUGACCUCUUCUGCAUAUGGCAGUAGCACUGUUGGGCCUUCACCCACCAGCCCCAGCUCCAGCUCCAAUGGCAACUUGUCUCAGGAGGCCAUCACUGCUAUCAUUGUGGUCUUCUCCAUCCUGGCCAUCUUGCUCCUGGCUGUGGGGCUGGCACUGUUGGUGUGGAAGCUUCGGGAGAAGCGGCAGACGGAGGGCACCUACCGGCCCAGCAGCGAGGAGCAGUUCUCCCAUGCAGCUGAGGCCCGGGCCCCUCAGGACUCCAAGGAGACGGUGCGGGGCUGCCUGCCCAUCUAGGUCCCCUUUCCUGCAUCUGUCUCCCUUCAUUGCUGUAUGACCUUGGGGAAAGGCAGUGCCCUCUCUGGGCAGUCAGAUCCACCCAGUGCUUAAGAAUAGCAGGGAAGAAGGUACUUCAAGACUCUGCCCCUGAGGUCAGGAGAGGAUGGGGCUAUUCACUUUUAUAUAUGUAUAUAAAAUUAGUAGUAAGAUGUAAUAAAAGCUUUAUUGGUGUGUUUGA